AUGUGGUUUCCUGUAAUGGACACUGAAUAUAUUAUCUUUAACUGUUGUGUUCUGCAGAAGCCUGGCAAGUGGUGUGCCAUGCAUGUCCACAUAGCAUGGCAGAUAUACCAUCACCAGCAGAAGGUCAAGCAGCAGAUGCAGUCUGAUCCACACAAACUUGACUUUGGCCUGAAACCGGAGUUCCUAAGCCGGCCGCCAGGCCCCAGCAUGUUUGGAGCUAUCCAUCAUCCCCAUGAGCUGGCUCGCCCAGCAACUCUCUUCUCCACAGCUGGUACCACACAUCCCAGUGGAAACCCUUUCGGACCUCCGCCUCAUCACAACAGCUUCUUGAGUCCAGCUUCUCACUUAGAGCCCUUUAAUAGACCAAGUGGUUUGAGUGGUCUGAGAUCCUUAAGUAACAGCGCCUUUGGUGGACUGGGGAACCCUUCAAUCACAUCCAACACAAUGUUCAGCCACAAAGAUGGCCCCAGUAUGCAGAGCUUUAGCAACCCUCACGAACCUUGGAAUCGACUCCACAGAACGCCACCUUCGUUUCCAACCCCACCCCCUUGGCUGAAGCCAGGGGAGCCAGAGCGCAGUUCCUCUGUAGCAGCUCAUGACAGAGAUAGAGAUGUAGAAAAACGAGACUCUUCUGUUAGUAAAGAUGAAAAAGAAAGGGAUAGUAUUGAGAAGCGACACUCUACUCAUGCAUCAUCACCUUCUGUAAAUCAAGUAAAUUCUUUGGGACACAAUCGCAGUUCCAAUGAGCACAACAGAAAUCAUGUAAAUAGCGAACUGCGAGAUAAAGAAAAGCCACGGGAACGGGAUCUCACAGAUAUUUGGAAGGACUCAUCUGUUGAUGAGCACAAAGUUAAGGAAAAUCACGCUCUUGAGAAGGAAAGCCUGGGAUUAGAAAGCAGGAUUGUGGAAGAUUCCAGCAAGCAUAUGAAUCGAGUUAAUUCACCCUACAUCAGGCUACCGAGCACAGACAACACGAGAUCCAGCAGCAUUGCCAACCGAGAGGUAGAUAGGAAAAGUGAGUCUUCAUAUGACCACCAGAAAAAGGCCAACGAGGUUAAAGUGAAGGAGGAACGGAAAGAAGACAAUGAUAUUAUUUCUGACGUGAUUCAGACACAAAGGUCCUCUGAGCAUUCUCAACCCACCUCAUUGCCCAAUAUCCAUCCUAGCCCCUCGAUGACCUCCAUGCCUAUGGCUAUGGCCAUGAGUGGGGUGCAUCCCAUGAAUAGCAUUAAUACAUUGGACAGGACACGAAUGGUAGCUCCUUUUAUGGGGAUCAGUCCAAUACCAGGAAGUGAGCGCUUUCCCUAUCCCCCUUUCCACUGGGAUCCAAUGAGAGAUCCUUUGAGAGAUCCCUAUAGGGGGUUGGACAUUCAUCGGAGAGAUCCACUAGCCAGAGAUUUCUUGUUAAGAAGUGAUCCCUUGCAACGACUGUCAGCACCGAGGUUUUAUGAGACAGAACGUUCGUACAGGGACAGGGAGCCCCAUGACUACAGUCGCGAUCAUCCAUUAGCAAUGGACCCUAGGCGUGAACACGAGAGAAUGAGCCACUUGGAAGAACGCGAAAGAUUGAACAUGCUUAGAGAUGACUAUGAGCAUGCCCGCCUGCAUCCCAUUCACGCAGCAACCCUGGAUGGUCACAUGCCUCAUCCAAGCCUCUUGACACCUGGUCUUCCCAGCAUGCACUAUCCCAGAGUGAGCCCCUCAGCAGCACAUCAAAAUGGCAUCCUUAAUAAGACUCCUCCCACAGCAGCGCUGAGUGCCCCUCCCCCCCUCAUACCGACAGGCGGAGCACGUGCUGGUUCUCCAAGAAGGACUACUCCCUUGACUAACACAGAGACACGGGACAGGCCACCUUCUCACACACACAAAGACAUUGAAGCACGAUAAUGCAAACGUGAAAAUAUCAACCGACCUAACUUAUUAAAGACACCCUGUCAGUAAAGGCAACUUUUGUAGCGUGAGAACCCACCAAAUGAAGCAUUGGACUUCAGUGGACCGUAUUCAGUGGGUGUGGCCUUUGUCACCAUAAAAAUGUAAAAAAUACUUUGCAGGAAAUACAGUUUUUGUACAUUUUAAGUUUAAAUUUUGCAAAAUGUUUAAUGUCAAUUUGUUCCUUCUUUCCUGUUAAUUUUAUUUGUAGUAUAUAUAUUAAAAAAAAUGUGUUGUGAAGAAAGAGCAAGCUAAAAAGAGUAAUUGCUAUAUUUAUCAAGAAUUUGGGUAUGUGGUAAAUGAGGCAACCUGAGGAGAGCUGAAUUGUCUUUGAAGUAUUAUGGUUAAGACUUGGAGUGAAGGUAUCAGGCUGUAUAGACAAUUGUGUAUAAAGGUAGUUCCUUGGUUGGAUGGGACUUGAUACAUAUAUGCAAAAAGGAAGAGACAAAAAAGCUUUACCAUGUACAAAUGUAAAUAAAUUUAAGGGCAGCUGUAUAACAGCUGAUUCAGAAGUGUUGGACAAAGCGUGCUAUUGGGAGAUUAAUUAUCUGUUAACACAGUCUGCUUGUGCUGUGUUAGAUAACUUUUUUUUUGUGGCUGUACAGAUAUUCCCAACUAUGCAAGCAGGUGAAUGCCCUGGCUUUUCAUCCAAAAGUCUGCAUUCCUCAACGGAGCCUUUUCAACACACCAUUCACUUAACUGCAAGUCUAGCACAUUACAUUGUGUCUGAGGAUUGUAAACUAUGUUGAUGAAGUAAAAUUAGUUCUGUUGGUCUAAUAGUGUAUUAAAGUGCUAUCUGAAGUUGUUUAUUCUGUUUUGAAAAAAUUCUAUCUAUGACAGUUGUUUCUUAUGAGCAGAGAUCUAUUUUAGUAGUCACCUGAAGGUUUAGUUGUGCGCUUCAAAUUUGUGAACUCCUGAUGUUGUGCAGUGUUUUUGAGGAACAAAAAAUAAUGUACACUGGAUCAGUAGUGCUAGAACUCAAUAUUGCCUAUAGAUUUUCAUUUGCAGAUAUGCUGUUUACCAUGUACGUAAUGAAGUCCUUUACAGAUCCUAUUGUAAAGUGAAGCGACUCUGAAUCUUUGGCAUGUGCUUCAUAAACAAAACUUGUGUUAUGUAAAUUGUGCCAUGUUAUUAAAAAAUCAAACUGAAGUGUUCUCAGUCUAACUGUGCCGUAAGCUUGUGUAAUAUUCUUUGCUCUCUUUAUUGGCAUUUCAGAGACUGAGUGACUUAAAAAGAACACGAACAAACGAUGAAAUGGAAGGUGGCUUAUUUUAUCAUCAAUUUUAAUACCUGGACUGAGAAUAAGCUGUCUGUGCGAACAACAAGACAUUUGACCAGUUAAAGCUAUUUGGAGAACA